UGGCUUCAAACGGGCUUAAAAAACACCCCAUUGAUAACAUUUCCCCAAUCAUCCUCUCUCUCUCUGAAAGUUCCGUAACAUUAUUAUUACUACUAUAGUUCCAAAUCCGUAAUUCUAAUAUUAAGAACUAUAGUAGUAGUAGUAGUAGGUAUUUUCUUCAACUCAAAAUCAAAACUAGUAAAAAUCAUUUCUCCAUUUCCACACUUGCUAUUUUCGUUGAUUUAGGGUUUCUGCAUUCUCGAUUCAUUCCAAUAGCAUUGUAGAACGAAAUGGUGUCAAGUCCUUCUUCAUCUGAGAAUCACAGGAAGAUGAAAUCAUCACCAACAACAACGCCCAGUCCUUUGAGGAGAUCUCAGAGACAGCGAGACAUUUCAUCUAAAGAAAAGGAUGAGGAAACUUUUUCGAAUCGGAAAGAUAAGAUUAUAGAUGCUCGCAAGUAUAGAACUAUUUUAACAAAAAAUAAAAAUAAAGAUUGCCACAAGGAGACAAAGGAUGAGCAUAAUUUGACUCCAAAAGAUAGCAACAAGGGUGAGGGAAAUAUUGGUGAGUGUUUUAAUGGGAUUAGUUUACAGUGUAAAGAAGUUUUUGAGGAUUGUAUUAAGCUAUCUAAAGAUGCCAAAGCAAAGGAUAUGAGCGCAAAGGAUAUGUCGAGAGGACUUGUGAAAGAACCGUUAGAAAAUAAUGUGAUAAUAGGUUCAGCGGCAGUAGCAUCUAAUUCUACUGCUCAAUGGAGUAGUGAGAUACCUGAAAGAGUUCAUUCGAGUAGCCAUGAAGACGAAACUAGGGGUUCUGAUUCAAAUGUAAGUUCGAUUAGGAAAUGCGUUGGAAAUGAUAAGGAUGGAAAUUUGACACCUUCCAAAAGAAAAAGCACGGUGGUUUCGACACCUUCUAAAAGAAAAAACAUGGUGGUAGACAAACACUAUGAUGUUUCUCCUAUCUUGGUUGAUGAUGUAAACUGCAACUUAACUGUGGAUGCCGACCCUGAAAGGCUUCGCAUUAAUAGUUUAGAGACCAGUGGGUCUUCCAAGAGGAUAAGGGGGAUCAAUAAUGUUGAUCAACCUACUUCAAAAUCUAAUGAUGAAAAGUCAUGUACCAGAAACAAGGAAGAGAUACCUCAAGGGAACAAUGUUGAAACUGAGAAGAUAAGGAAACAGCAGAGGAGCUUACAUCUUUUGCUGAAGCCAGAGAUAGCAAAGCUUUGUGAAAUUCUUCUUCUCCCUGAUAAUGUCAAGAGUAUGGUUGGAAAGUUUCUUGAAUAUACCAUGAACAAUUACAUGAUCUGUACAGAACCAGUAUCAAUAUUACAGGCUUUUCAAUUAUCUCUGUGUUCGACUGUUGCUUCGUUGCUAAGCCACAAACUUGACUCUGAAGCUGCCCUCAUUCUUGCAAAGAGGCACUUGAAUUUUUCCUGCAAGAAAGAUGCGAUUGAUGAAAUUAGUGCAAUGCUGUGGGAUCUGAGGGACACGUUUUUAUUACUCACUGGAAACUCUAAUGCCAAUUGCUCUCCAAAGGUUUCGGAAUCAUCAAAAAGGGUUCGUUUGAAUUCAGAUACAACAUCAGAUGUUGAAUUGACCAAAAUUUCUAGAAAUAUUAAAGUAAAUCAGAAGCGCAAAGAGCAAUGGAGAAAGCUACUUCAUAGUCAACAGGAAAAUAAACGUAAGUUGGAAGAAGAUAUUGAGAAAGAAAUGGCUGAUUUUAAAAAAAUGCUUGAUAUAGAGUGGCAAGCUACUUUACCAUUUUAUGGGAAGGAAAAAGAGAAGCUCAGAGAAUUCAAAAGUAAAUACAAUAUAAAGGAGGCAAUAUUGAAAAGGGAACAAGAAGCACGUCUCCAGGCUCUUGAGGCCACACAGUUAGAAGCAAGGCAGAAAUUCCGUGAGUUGUCAGCACCAGAUGAAUUGUCAAACCUAGUUUCUUUGAAGGAACUUGGGACAUCCCAUAAUGCUCCAAAAAUUCUUCUGUCUAAUGAAGUGUCUGAAACUAGUUGCAAACAGGCCACUCCCAGUGAAUUGAGUAGGAAGGAAGCUGUGGGAUUGCCCAGCAAAGUCAGAAGUACUGAUUAUCCAGAUAAUGCAGCUCCUCUGAACUCUUUAUCCACAGAUCAGAUAUCUGAUGAAGGUUAUGAGGUUGUAUCAUCAACGCCUUGUAUAUUUUCUAGUCCAGGUGAUGGUCGUCCAGCUACAUCUUCCCUUUUGGUUUCACCUUCAAAGCAACAAGUUCCUGAUAGAGUCUUGCUACCCAUAACUGAUGGACAAAUACCAGUCGUAGUGCCAGAAAAUAAUCACGAAGAGGCUGAAUGUCAAUUAACAGACGAUGUGGAGGUGAAUGAGAGUACUGCAUCAGAUUACCAGGAAGUAGUAGACAGAACCAUGGCAGAAAACACUUUGUCCCAGGAGACUUCAGUAUCUAGAGCAGUGGAUCCCAUUGAGCCUCAAAAACAAAUGCAUGGGCAGCCAUUAUCAUCAGUAGAGCCACUGCCUGGUCCAGUUCAUAUUUUACCUGCAUAUCAACCCAAACAAGUUUCAACGAUCUUGGAGCAUCGGGAGCAGGUGCAGCCAUUACCUUUUUCAGGGUUCCUUUCAUCCAACCAGGAUAUCUCUAACUUGCCUUCGGCGGCUGGAGGUGAAGAUCAGGCAGCAACCAAUGAAGAUUCUUUCUCCAGACAGAUUCCCGAGGCAUUAGCUGAGGUUCAAAAUCAAGCCGCCGAGCAACCUGCCUUGAAUUUGGAAGUUGAUUCACAUUUGCGUCAAGAUGUGCCUCCAAUCUCAGACACGGUCCUUGAUUCACCUGUGCCUGGUGGAGUCAGAAUCCAGGCAUUAGACACAAGAAAUUUGUCAACUCACAGAGUUAUCAAUAAUCAUCCUAUUCAAACUCCAGCACAAUCAGCUUCAAGGAAUUUUCCAUCUUUGUUCUAUGAUCCACUUAGUUAUGAAUUGGAAAGAAUACGUAAAUCGACAAAGCAAAAUCUGAAAAACCAUGAAGAUAUGAAAUUACAGCUGAAAUGUAAUUUUGAGAAGGAAAUUGAAGAACUUCGCAGGAAGUAUGAUAUUCAAAUGAAGGAGAUUAACGAUGAAUUUCAGAAAACAAGCAAGAACUAUGAUACACAAUAUAAAACAGUUUAUGUACAUAAAAUAUUGGCCGAUGCUAUGAAAGCAAAUUCUGAUCCUAGGUUUUCUGGUGAAUAUGGAAUGCCACAAGGUUUUACCCAACUUCCAAGACCGCAAAAUCCUACUCAUCCCUCUCUGGUUGCUAGACCGUCUUGCCGUGGACCUCCUGCGACCACUUUCGAGAAUUCACACGCCUCAACUGGCUCUCAUGCUAUGUUGCCAUCACCUAUACAUGCCUCUUACAAUACACCGGGAAAUUUCAGCGGUUUUUCUGCAAGACCACCUCAUGUCAAUAUCUCUUCGCCUAAUCUUCAAGCUGGUGGAGAGAUAUGCGCCCCUCCACUGCAUCCCCCGCCUUAUAGACCCUCAACAUCUGUACCAGCCUCCAGUCUCAUGGGGGAGUUCUGUGCCCCUCCACCUCCUCUCCAGCCUUACAGACCCUCAAUAUCUGUACCAGCCUCCAGUCACAGUGGGGAGAUCCGCGCCCCUCCACCUCCUCUCCCGCCUUAUAAACCCUCAACAUCUGUACCAGCCUCCAGUCGCAGUGGAGCGAUGCGCACCCCUCCACCUCCUCUCCUGCCAUAUAGACCCUCAACAUCUGUACCAGCCUCCAGUCACAGUGGGGCUAUGCGCACCCAUCCACCUCCUCUCCUACCAUACAGACUCUCAACAUCUGUACCAGCCUCCAGUCACAGUGGGGCAAUGCGCACCCUUUCACCUCCUCUCCCGCCUUAUAGACCCUCAACAUCUGUACCAGCCUCCGGUCACAGUGGUGCAAUGCGUGCCCCUGCACCACAUCUCCCGCCUUAUAGACCCUCAACAUCUGUACCAGCCUCCAGUCUCAGUGGGGAGAUACGUGCCCCUGCACCGCAUAUCCCGCCUUAUAGACCCUCAACAUCUGGACCAGCCUCCAAUCUUGGAGGAGUUCCACAUGAUAUACCAAGUCACCCUGCACCCAGUAAUGCUCCUGCAAGUUCUUUAUUAUCAUCUCAGAGGCUUCCCAGUCCAAUGCCAGCAGUCUCUCAGUUUGGUCCUCAUAGGGGGCAUGGGUAUGAGAGCACAGGUGGGUUCCCCACUCCUAAUGUAACUGCCACGGAUAAGCGCAUGAAUGCUAAUAGUCAAACUAGCAUUAAUCUGCCAAAUACCCUACCACACAUGUCAGAUUCGGCAUCUUUUAGCAAAAGCAGAAGCGUUCCGACCAACUCAACCCAAGAAGCUACUCCACCUUCUGAUGUUGUCUGUUUAUCAGAUGAUGACUGACCAGGAAGUGUUCAUACAUUUUUUUUCAUUUUUAUCCUAACUAGGAAAUGAUUCAAGCUCCUUUUUCGGCGACUUGAAUUUAGGACAGAAGUUUGGUGAUAGUAAUGCCUCGCUCACCAGUUUUUGUUUAGUGCAUAUUUGUAAUCAUUAAUUUACACACCAUAUGUAAAUACAUAAUGCAUAAUGUAAUUCAAAUUCCUAGGUAUCUUUGGGAUUGCAA